GCAGCCUAACAAUACCGCAUCGCAUGGCGCGCAAAGGAAACGAAGAGGAAUCUACUUCCUGCAAUGAAAAUCGUUGAAUGAAUGAAACCAGCGUGUUGUUACUGGACAUUUUUACUCAUAUAACUUUGUUUUGAGGCUACUGAAAGUUAGUGCUUUUAGCGACAAUGUCGGGAAUACCGCCGGACACAUGGCAGCCGCCCACAGUGGCUUUGGAGACGACCAUGGGCACAGUUGUGUUGGAGCUGUACUGGAAACAUGCCCCCAAGACCUGCAAGAACUUCGCCGAGCUGGCCAGAAGAGGCUACUACAACAACACCAAGUUUCACCGGAUAAUCAAAGACUUCAUGGUGCAAGGCGGAGACCCCACAGGGACAGGUCGGGGGGGCGCCUCCAUAUUUGGUAAACAGUUUGAGGACGAACUUCAUCCUGAACUGAAAUUCACAGGUGCAGGGAUUUUGGCAAUGGCCAAUGCAGGACCGGACACUAACGGAAGCCAGUUCUUCCUUACCCUUGGACCCACUCAGUGGUUGGAUGGAAAGCACAGUAUUUUUGGAAGGGUAUACCAGGGGAUUGGCGUGCUGAAUCGAAUUGGGAUGGUGGAGACCAACACUCAGGAUCGGCCAGUUGAUGAUAUUAAAAUCCUCAGAACAAGUGUACCCAACUGAUCAAACCCUUAUUACCAAUGUUGUU